AUGUGGCGCCUUGGCGUUUUGCUGGCCACGGGAGCUGCAGCCAGUGGCGGUUGCGAGGCCGAUGGCAGUUGUGAUGCUGCUGGGAUGCUGACGCUGUCGCGGAGGCAGAUGCUCCGAGGACAUGAGAUGACUCGCGCAGGGAUCAACUUUACUUGUGGUGAGAGCUGUGGGAUUUUGGGCGGAGUCUGUGUGAAUCCGAGCCCCGAGUGCCUCCAGCGACGGGUUUCUACGGAGCGCGGACCUGUGUGCUACUGCGAAGUGGAGCGGCCGCCCAAGUCUUCAGCGCUGCAAAGGACAGCGCAGCCAUCCCUUCUUCGUGAGUUUCCUUUCAUCAUGACGCAUGAUUCGGCCACAGGUUUUAUUAGAAAGUUUGAUCCUCGAUGGCGCAUAGGGCAAGCACAGACCAUCAAUCUAGUGGAGCAAGUCACUUGUGGUGCACGGGCUUUAGACAUUCGGCUGGUGAUCAAGGAUGGCAAGGAAGAAGAGUUCUUUUUUCAUCAUGGGGAAGGCAUUUUCAGCUGGGUUUCUGGUGAAACACUUCAAGGGGAGUGGCCGAAAUUGGCUGCCUGGGCUCGUUCGCAUCCCGAUGAGUUGCUGCUGCUGGUCAUCAGUCACUGCAGUGUGCGCCACGGUUUUGGCAACUGGGGGAGUUCCAAGUGCUCCGAAGGUCUUUGGCCCAAAGAAUUUCAAGCUUUGGGUCUGCCGUUCGAGGCGAAUUGCGAGAGCUUAUCCUCCAUGACUCGAAAGGAGGCCUUGCAGAGGUCUCGACUGCAGGAUGGAGGCCACAUCAUGGCGUUGGAUGGCGCCUGCGUCAUGGAGAACUGGGAUUCCUCCAUCACUUCAGCGAAAGGAGUAAAAUCUUACGUGGAGAAGACGAUGGAUCUCAUGCGAUCCCGGGGAUACAAGACGCUCUUCCAGGUCCAGUCUUUCGUUCAACAGAAGUUGUUCGUCCCAAUGGACAGCAAGUUGAAUGGUGAGAUCUUAACUUGGAUCGCCAACAGCAGCCUCUAUGAUGGGGUGAAUCUCUUGGAGAUCAAUCUGAUAUGUUCCCAUGGUGCCUCCAUGGCUGUUGCACUGGGACACAGCAUUUCCUCCGAAGAUUUCCAAAGCUGCAGGACAGAUUGCCACCUCGCAUGCCAAAGGCAUGGGGCGUGCGAGCAGUUGUAG